UCCGAUAAUGGCCGCGCCACCGUCACCGGAGCUCCACCUUCACCACCUCUGCGCCAUUCAAGUUUUAGGCAAUGGAGCAAUGGGUACAGUCUUCCUCGUUUACAAUCACCUCACUGACCCAUCUGCCAACUGUCCUUUCGCCCUCAAAGUCGUCGAGAAGUUAUGUCCUCAAGCCAAGUUGGACGCCGACCGCCGUGCGCGGUGGGAAGUCUCGGUUCUUGAAGGGCUGAAUCAGAAACCCCACCCAUUCCUUCCCUCCUUAAUUGGAGCCUUCGAGACGGAAGAAAUCCUCGCUUGGGCUAUCCCGUUUUGCCCCGGCGGUGACCUUAACGUUCUCCGCCACCGUCAGAUGGACCGCGUUUUCUCUCCGGCCGUCAUCCGGUUUUACCUGGCGGAAAUCGUCUGUGCGUUACAGCAUCUUCAUAGCAUGGGAAUCGUGUACCGUGAUUUGAAACCUGAAAACAUCUUGAUUCAACAUUCGGGUCACGUGACUCUCACGGACUUCGAUCUCUCACGUACCCUCGCCCCGAAAUCAUUGAAGUCGUUAAUUCUUUCUUCUUCAGAGCUGCCGGAAAUCCAGCCAGAAGUAAAUAAACACCACCGGAAACUAACACGUUUGUUUCCGAUGAUGGGACGCGAGAAAACGCAUGUCAAGUUGAAGAAAGCAAAGAGCGCACGUGUAUCUCCCAUGACACGUAAGAAUGCGAGCUUCUCAAACGGCGAACGCUCGAAUUCAUUCGUCGGAACGGAGGAGUACGUGGCACCGGAGGUGGUGCGUGGCGACGGCCAUGAGUUCGCCGUCGACUGGUGGGCAUUAGGGAUCCUUUCGUACGAAAUGCUAUAUGGUACGACACCGUUUCGUGGGAAAAACCGAAAAGAUACGUUUGGGAGAAUACUAAUGUUGCCACCAAAGUUCACCGGAAAACCAACGCCGUUGACGGACUUGAUCACGAAGCUACUCGCGAAAGAACCCACUCAACGGCUAGGGUACACCGGAGGCGCGUGUGAGAUCCAAGAACACCCGUUCUUCAGCGGCUUGCAAUGGGAGCUACUAACGGAAGUGUUACGCCCUCCGUUUCUUCCGUCAAGAGACGACCUUGAGUUAACGCCGAACCCAGAUGGUAUCAACAUAACGGAGUAUUUUCAGAAGCUUAGACAACUGCCGUCACCGUUAGAUUCUCCGUCAAGAGAUGACUGUGGAUAUAACGUCUCAUUGACGGAGUUCUAACACACGUGUUGAGUUGCUCUACUAUUAACUAUGCUGUGUACAUAUAAAAAUAACGGUAGGCCGUGAAAUAAAGACGGCGUUAGGUGGGUAGGUGAGCCGUAUUUCGGGGUGGUAUAUGUUUUUUAUGUACGGUAUACUGAUGAUGGUAGCAGAGGUGAGUUUUUUUGUAAAGAGGUAGGAGAAACGCGGCGACGGCGGCGCGUGUAAUUGGGAGGCUAUCAUUGUUGUGGGGACAUAAAGAAGCUUGAAAUGAAAUGAAGGCCUAGAUUAUGGCUUUUUUUG